CUUCCGGAUGUGACGUUUAAGGUACCAGGUCCGGUAAGAAAAGAAAUGACCCGAGACUGAGAUUCAGUGAUACAGGUCUGAACCGGGCCAGAACCGAGUCGAAACCGAUGUACUGGCUCAGAACUGGAUUGAAAGGUUGAGAUGUUGAUGCAGAUUCACUGCUGGUUCUGCUUUCCCUGACCCGGUUCCGGACCCGGUUCUGUUCUACAGGAAGGGAACCAUGGAUCGGGUUCGGACUGGUUCUGCAUGAAGCGAACCUGCUGACCAUAUUUUAAAGAAUUUUUCUUUAUGCUGGGAAAAUGUUUUAUUUUGUUUCUAUAGAUUUCAUAGAAAGGUUGCUAAUCAUUUCUUUAUAAUAAACUUACUAAUACUCUUUGCUAAAUUUUAUAUUCAUAAAUGCAAAUUUGCUAAUAAAACACCUUGUUUUUCUUUUUUCGUUAAAGAUAUGGGUCUAUAUAUCAAAUCAAUAACAGACUCUACAAAUGAAAAGGCUCAAAGGACAAUCUCGAUAUGUACGUCUUUGCAUGUUCUUAUCUAAUCACCCCUGGUUGUAUUGCUUGAAUGUUGUAUAGUUCAUUAUGCUGUUUUGAUGUAUACUAAUUUCAUUUAAAUAAAGUUCAUUGAAAAAAAAAAAAAACAUGAAGCGAACCUGCUGCUGCGUUCAGAGCGCAGCGCCCCCUGCCGGCCGGGUGUGUCUGCUGCCGCUGGGGGAGGGGCGCACAGGUAAUGUUACCUGCAGCCACACCAAAGCGGCUCCAGUCCGGCUGAGGAAGACUUCCUGACAGACGCUGAAGGUGAGUUUCUAUCUGUUUGGGUUUAAACCAGGGCUGUCCUCCAGGUGUCUCCUUUUUCACUCGACUCCAAUAUCAGCAGCUCUUUGAGGGGAAAGAGAGGCGCUUAAAUCCCAGGGUGGAGGAAGAUGACACACCUAGCAGCAGCAGGACACCUGGAGAAACACCUGAACCAGGAAGACCAGCUGGUCUUCAUCAGUCUGUUAAUCUUUCAGAGGUUCCUCCUCCAGGGUGACAUCAUGGUUUUCCAUCCUGAGUUUGAACGAGCAGGUAAAGAGGCGGGGCUUCAGGUGUGGCGAGUGGAGAACAUGGACCUGGCUCCUGUCCCUGAGAGUCUCUAUGGACGGUUCUACACCGGAGACGCCUACCUGGUUCUGAGCAGCACCAGCAACCGCCGAGGAGACCUGCAAUACGACCUGCACUACUGGCAAGGUUCUGAGUGCUCUCAGGAUGAAAGCGGCGCCGCUGCCAUUCUUGCUGUCCAGAUGGACGACUUCCUGCAGGGGGCGCCGGUCCAGUACCGUGAAGUCCAAGGCCACGAGUCCGGGACCUUCAGCGGAUACUUCAAAACGGGCCUGACCUACAUGAAAGGAGGCGUGGCCUCCGGGUUCAAUCAUGUGACCAAUGAGGUGGAAGUUCAGCGGUUGCUUCAGGUCAAAGGUCGCCGUGUCGUCAGGGCAACAGAGGUUCCUGUCAGCUGGGACAGUUUCAACCAGGGAGACAGCUUCAUCCUGGACCUGGGACAGGAAAUCAUCCAGUGGUCUGGUUCCCAUAGCAACAGAUUUGAAAAACUGAAGGCCACUUUGGUCUCUAAGAGUAUCCGUGACAACGAGAGGUGUGGGCGGGUCAACCUCCAGGUUGUCGAUGAGGGGGCGGAGCCAGACAAGAUGAUAGAGGUUCUGGGAGAUAAACCGGACCUCCCCGAGUCCCACAGCGAAGACACCCAGACCGACGCAUCCAAUAGGAAGAUGGCGAAGCUCUACAAGGUGUCCAAUGCCGGCGGAGACAUGGAGGUCACCCUGGUGUCGGAGCAGAACCCGUUCCCCCAACACGUCCUGGAGUCCAGUGAGUGCUUCAUCCUCGACAACGGAACCAACGGAUGCAUCUUUGUCUGGAAAGGUAAGGAAGCCAACAGCGCCGAGCGGCAGGCCGCCCUGCAGAACUCAGAGAAAUUCAUCCAGCACAUGGGGUACCCGCCCUACACCCAGGUCCAGGUCAUUCCUCAGUCCGGGGAGACUCCUCUCUUCAAGCAGUUCUUUAGGAACUGGAGGGACGCUGAAGACACCGUCGGCAUGGGAACGGCCUACGUCGCCAACAAGGUGGCAAAGAUUGAGAAGGUGCCGUUCGACGUGUCCAAGCUGCACCAAUCGGACUCCAUGUCGGCGCAGUACGGGAUGGUGGACCGAGGAGACGGAGACAAAAAGAUCUGGAGGAUCGAAGGGUCCGGUAAGGUUCUGGUGGACCCGGAUUCCUUUGGUCAGUUCUACGGCGGCGACAGCUACCUGAUCCUGUACCAGUACCAACAUGGCGGCAGGCAGCACCACAUGGUCUACAUCUGGCAGGGGGUGGAGUCGAGUCAGGACGAAACUGCAGCGUCUGCCAUUCUGGCCGUCGAGCUGGACGACGAACUGGGAGGCGGAGCAGUUCAGGUGAGGGUGGUCCAAGGCAAAGAGCCUGCCCACCUGAUGAGCCUGUUUGGAGGCCAGCCCAUGGUGGUGUACCAGGGUGGCACCUCCAGGGAGGGUGGCCAGUCCACCGCCGAAACCCGCCUGUUCCAGGUGCGGUCCAACCCAGCUGGAGACACCCGGGCCAUGGAGGUGGGCCCGUCCUCGUCCCGCCUGAACUCCAAUGAUGCGUUCCUGCUAAUGGCGGCCGGGGGGGUGUGGCUGUGGAAGGGGCGGGGCAGCAGCGCGGCAGAGGCGAAGGGGGCAGAACACCUGGCCCAGGUGCUGCAGGUGAACCCCGCCCCGCUGGAGGAGGGGGAGGAGCCAGACGAAUUCUGGGCGGUUCUGGGCGGGAAGGACGACUACUGCCGCGCCCCUCGGCUCAGCAACAAGAUGGACGCCCAUCCGCCACGCCUCUUCGCCUCCUCUAACAAGACCGGCACCUUCAAGAUGGAGGAGGUUCCUGGAGAACUGACCCAGGACGACCUGGCUCCUGAUGACGUCAUGAUCCUGGACACCUGGGACCAGGUGUUCGUUUGGAUCGGGAACGAGGCCAAUGAGGACGAAAAGACAGAGGCCACUGCGACAGCUGAGCGCUACAUCAGAACCGACCCGGCUGGCAGAGACCCACGGACCCCCAUCGUGACCCUGACGCAGGGAUUUGAACCACCGACCUUCACUGGUUGGUUUCUGGGCUGGAACCACGACUACUGGAGUCAGGAUCCACUUGAGCGCUUCCUGCAGGCCCUGUGACAUCACUUCCUGUUUACAGUGCAGCAGAGUGAAUAAAGCCCAGAGUGACCCAGUUA